AUGGACAAAGCACCUGAGCCGGGUCCCGAGGACACCCCGGUCAACACGAGUCUCAAGGAAGCCAUGAAGACAUGCGAGAUUCUUGCGUCGGCCCUCAGCUCCAUGAACAUUGCCGAGGUCGUCGAGACCGCCAAGACCCCGGAGGAGUACAAGCUUGUCCUGGAGUACAAGACCCAGAUCUUUGCCAUGCGCACCACAGCUAUCAACUCCCAGGCCGCCGUCCAGGACCUUCGCAAGAACACGUCGGACGAGACGACGGCUAAGGCACUCGAGGAAAUCGAACAAGGUUUUGACAAGUUUCUCACGGGAAUCGAAGGGCUGCUUGCGCGGGUCAUCGAGUGGAUCGAGAACUACGAGCAUGAGCCUGACAGGAAGGACGGUGAUUCCGCCCCAGCGGCUUGA